CUGUCUCGUGCGCGGCUCAUUAUAAUGUUUAGUACGCAGAGAAAGGCGCGCAGCUUGCAAAAAGGCAGGAGCAGACGCAUGGAGCGCGCACUCAAUUUAUGACAGCUGAACACGGACGUACAUUACAUUCUGUCUGCACAUCUUUAAUCAGAACACUUGGAUUACACUUGGAGACAACGGGCUGACGCCAUGCACCCUUGUUCUUUCCGCGUGUGUUUUCGUGUGUUUUUGCUCAUAUUUGCAAUUCUACGCGAAGCUGCACCUUUCAACCUGGAUUUGGAAAAGCCAGCAGUUUACAAUGGACCAGAGGGAAGUUAUUUUGGAUACUCACUGGACUUUUACCACCCAACACAGGAUAGAAAUGUCAUGUCGGUUCUAGUUGGGGCUCCUAAAGCGAACACCUCUCAGCCAGGGAUUGUGGAGGGAGGAGCGGUGUACUACUGCCCCUGGCCGGCAUCAGACCCAGACUCCUGCCGCCAGAUCCCCUUUGAUAAAGCAAAUAACCGAAUGAUUAAAGUGAACGGGACAAGGGAGCCUCUAGAAUUUAAAUCCCAUCAGUGGUUUGGAGCCUCAGUCAGGACCCACAAAGACAAAGUGGUGGCUUGUGCGCCCCUCUAUCACUGGAGGUCAGUGAAGGUCAGCAGUGAGAUGGAUCCAGUGGGAACUUGUUAUGUGGCUGUGCAGAACUUCAGUGCCUAUGCUGAGUAUUCUCCAUGUCGAACCAAUAACCCGGACCCCGAGGGCCAGGGCUUCUGCCAGGCGGGCUUCAGCGUUGAUUUUACUAAGGAAGGGACUCUGGUUGUGGGAGGGCCAGGGAGUUUCUACUGGCAAGGUCAAGUGAUCACUGCAGGUGUUGCAGAAAUAUUAAACGGCUAUUCCCUGAAAAAUAUUCUGCGCAAAGUUCAGGGAGAGAAGCAGACGGUGGCUGCAUCAGACGCAUAUGAUGACAGUUACCUAGGCUACUCUGUAGCAGUCGGAGAGUUCACAGGUGAUUCGGAACAAGAACUGGUAGCAGGGGUACCUCGAGGGGCUCACAACUUUGGUUAUGUGGCUGUGAUCAAUGCAACAAACCUGACUUUUAUUCAGAAUUUUACUGGGGAGCAGAUGGCCUCUUAUUUUGGAUACACCGUCGCAGUGACUGAUCUAAAUGGAGAUGGGCUAGAUGACGUACUAGUUGGAGCUCCACUCUACAUGGACCGUGAGUUUGAGAGUAAACCUCGUGAGGUGGGCCGUGUGUACUUGUAUUUGCAAGAGGACGUGCUUCUCUUCUCUCCUCCAAUCACACUCACUGGAACGCACCUGUUCGGCCGGUAUGGAAGUGCCAUCGCCCCUCUCGGAGAUAUCAACCAGGAUGGCUACCUUGACAUGGCAAUAGGAGCUCCGUUCGCAGGAGAGGAUCGUGGUGGCAGGGUCUUCAUUUAUAACGGGCAAAAAUCUGGGCUGAUGUUACAGGCAUCUCAAGUGCUGAAAGGCGACUGGGCCUCAUCCGCUGUCCCAGCAGGCUUCGGAUUCACCCUGCGUGGAGAUUCGGACCUCGAUAACAACCAGUACCCUGAUUUGCUGGUCGGUGCAUUUGGAGUGAGUAAAGUUGUGGCCUACAGGGCAAGGCCAGUGGUCACGGUGGACGCUCAGCUAAUUUUGACACCCAGAAUUCUCAACCCUGAGGACAAGUCCUGCCGCAUGCCCAAUUCUGAUGAUAUGGUAACCUGUCUGUCAGUAAAUGUGUGCGCAAAGAUCUCUGGGAUUGGUAUUCCUGAUUAUGUAGCUCUAAGAAUGGACCUGCAGCUGGACUGGCUGAAGCAGCGUGGAGCAGUUAAGAGGAUCUUGUUCAUGGACUCUCACCAGCACCAGAGAACCCAGCAGUUGGUUCUGGGUCAAGGGGACCGCCAACAUUGCCACAACUACUCUGUUUACCUGCGGGAUGAGGGAGAGUUCAGAGAUAAACUGAGUCCUAUCAGCGUGACGCUGAACUACAGUCUGGACCAGAACUCUCCUCCACCUGGCCUACAGCUGCGGCCCAUUUUGGACCACUACAGCAAGACCUUCCACCAUGAGCAGGCCAACAUCCUGUUGGACUGUGGAGAAGACAACAUGUGCAUCCCAGAUCUCAAACUGUCUGCUAAAAUGGACCGGACUGAACUUUUAAUCGGGGAUGACAACUUUCUUAUGUUGACCAUUAAUGCAGCCAAUGAGGGCGAGGGGGCGUACGAGGCAGAGCUUCAUGUGACCCUCCCACCAGAGGCAGACUAUAUUGGUGUGGAGCGUAGACGUGAGGAUCUUCAGCGACUGAACUGUGAGCACCGGACAGAGAAUGAUACCAGAGUUGUGGUUUGUGACCUGGGAAACCCAAUGGUGGCUGACACAAACUUAUCGGUUGGUUUACGGUUUUCUGUGCAGCGGCUGGAAGAUGCCCCUCCUACCAUUGGCUUUGAGCUUCAGAUACACAGCUCUAAUAAAGACAACUCAAGAAGCGUUCCAGUGAAUUUGACUCUGAGCAUUGCAGCGAGAGCACAGGUGGAGAUCCGAGGUGUGUCUCACCCAGCUCAGGUUGUUUUACCAUUCCCUCGAUGGGAACCCAAAGAGAAACCUGUUCGAGAGGACGACGUCGGCCCUCAGGUUCAACACAUAUAUGAGUUACAUAAUAAGGGUCCGAGUUCAAUAAGCAGGACUGUGUUGGAGGUGGGCUGGCCCAGUCGUUUCCAUGAGGAACACCUCCUUUAUCUCCUUCAGAUCGUCACUGACGGUCCAGUGCACUGCAGUGUCAACGGCUCCCUAAACCCACUGAAUUUAGAGACCUCCAGUCUUCAGGACACUCCAGAAUUACUGGGCUUUCUGAAGAACAGCAGCACUCCGAAUCGCCAUAGACGAUCUGUUUCUACAGCCCAGAGUUACAACAGCAAGAUACUGAACUGCUCAAAUAUCAACUGCCUGAUGGUGGAGUGUGUUGUGGACCGCUUGGAUCGAGGCCAAAGCGCAGUGAUCAAGUUCAGAUCUCGACUCUGGGCUCACACCUUCUUACAGAGACGGAAUGACCACUACACGCUGAACUCCACAGUGUCCUUUCAAGUGAUGGCCAUGCCUUAUCGGAUCAAAGCUGAUUCACUCCCACACCAGAGCAAAUCAAUUGGCACAUUUGUGGUGUGGGCCAUUCCUGACGUUUCCUUUGCCAUUCCCCUGUGGGUAAUAAUUCUGGCCAUACUGCUGGGAUUGCUGGUGCUGGCUAUGCUUAGCCUAGCAAUGUGGAAGUGUGGCUUCUUUGAUCGAGCGCGGCCACCCAAAGAUGAUGACGUGUCGGACCGUGAGCAGCUGACCUCAGAAAAAUCCACAGACGCGUGAGAGCAGAACAGAUGACAAGUAUGAAUACAGAGGUCAUGGGAUGAUGAAUCACCAUGAAGAGAGUGAAGGAGCUGUGGCCGAAGGUGCCGGUAUCUUUGUAGAAGUCUACAGAUCCAAGCCUGUAAAUAAACUACAGCUCUCACACUGGACUGCGAUCUGUGUCCUGGGCCACAGUACCACUCAAAAACAUUUCUAAAGCUUUAUUUAAAAUGAAGGAAGAGCAAAAUCUCUGAACUUUGCGCUCUGAUAGAGCUGCAAUAUCCACAGGAUCCAAAGAGCCACGUGCCAGAAUAUCAAUACAGUCCCAAAGAUAAAGAUCUUGCUGUCUGAUCAACUCCAUAAACAUAUAUUGAAGCAAAGUGAUGAUUUCUGACACUACAGUGGGGAAAUAUUCAUUUGAUUCACUGCUGAUUUUGUAAGUUUGUCAACUUACAAAGAAAUGAAGGGUCUGUAAUUUUUAUGAUAGGUUUAUUUUUACUUAUAGGGACAGAAUAUCAACCAAAAAAUCCAGAAAAAACCCAUUAAAGGUUAAUGUACAGGCACAUGUAGAGGACUGUUUAAAGUUUGCCAAAAACGUCUUAAUGAUUCAGAGAAGGCUUUGAAGGAAGUGCUGUGGUCAGAUGAGACCAAAAUUGAGCUCUUUGGCAUUCACUUGACUCGCUGUGUUUGGAGGGAGAGAAAUGUUGACUGACCCCAAGAACACCAUCCCUACAGUCAAGCACAGAGGUGGAAACAUUAUGCUUUGGGGCAGGACGACUUAACUAUAUUGAGGGGCAAAUGGCCAUUUACUGUAAAAUCUUGCACGAGAACCUCCUUCCCUCAGCCAGAACACUGAAGAUGGGUCUUGAUGGGUCUUCCAGUAUGACAAUGACCUGAAACAUACCAGCAAGGCAACAAAGGAGUGACUCAAGAAGAAGCAUACCAGUCUCAGGCCUCAAUCAUACAGAAAACCUGCAGGGGGAGCUGACACCUCGAUUUACCGAACGACGGCCAAGAAACCUUGAAGGGUUAGUUCACCCAAAAAUGAAAAUUAGGUCAACAUUUACUCAACAUAAAAGAAGAUAUUUUAAAGAUUGCUGGUAGGAAAAAAAAUACUAUGAAAGUCAAUGGGAACCACCAACUGU